AGCAUUGGUCUCUUUUGAUAUGGGCCCAUCCCUAUGCAAGACUUAGAAGAAUCCCUCAUACAUUUCCGCGCCGUGUAUCAUAUGAAUUCCACCAUGUUUAAUUCUCAAACAACAAUUAAUUAAUCACAACAAACAAUACUAAAACAAUAAUCAAUCAAAUCCCAAAAAAAGAAACUCCCGCAAUAAAAAGUGCACCAAAAUCUCCCAAUACCUUCUAUUUCUCUUGUCAUUUCUCCUCAAAAUACAGAAAAAUAAUCAACCAAAUUAUUUCCUUUUUCAACUUUCAUAUCACCAAAACAGAAAACAAGAAAAACAACACCAUUAAGCAUUCAUAUUGUGAAAACCAAUACUAAAAAGCCCUUUCUCAUCAGCUGUUUUCUUAUGACUGAUGAGAAGGGUGCUUAAUCUUGUUUCUUUUCAAGGUUUUCCAUUUUUUAACAAUCUGGGUGUUUUUUUCUCGUGAUUUUAUCACUACCCAUUUGAUCAUUUCCCUCAUUUUCCUGAAAAAAUUAACUAAUAAGAAUGGUGAGCAGGAAACCACAUGACUCGUUACGGCUUAUAGCAACAACUUCAUUUGGAAUUUUUAUAGGUUUUGUGGUUGGUGUUUAUGUUUCACUUCUUUCAGUUUCUAAGCUAAAUCCAGUGAAUUAUCUUCCUGUGGCAAUUCUGCCCACCACUUGUGUUCAACCCAUUAAGGAUGAUCUUAGACAAAAUCUCCCCUUGAAUGACACAUUAAAGAUGCCUAUUCGGGUCCAAACAAACCCGACAGGAGCAGAACGACUACCGCCAGGGAUAGUGGUAUCAAAGUCAGAUUUGUUUCCCCGUAGACUAUGGGGUCUUCCUAGUGAGGAUCUGCCCACCAAACCUAAGUAUUUAGUGGCUUUCACAGUUGGGUUAGCUAUGAAGGAAAAUAUUGAUGCAGCAGUUAAAAAGUUUUCGGGAAACUUCAGUAUUGCUCUCUUCCAUUACGAUGGGAAGACUAGUGAAUGGGAUCAGUUUGAGUGGUCGAAGCGCGCUAUUCAUGUCAGUGUACCAAAACAAACUAAAUGGUGGUAUGCGAAACGCUUUCUACACCCUGACAUUGUGGCACCAUAUGAAUACAUCUUUAUCUGGGAUGAAGACUUAGGAGUGGAGAAUUUUGAUUCCGAAAAGUACAUUGAGAUGGUAAAGAAACAUCGUUUGGAGAUUUCGCAACCUGGGGUGGAUCCUAAGAGUCCAUUUACAUGGCAAAUGACUAGAAAAAGACAUAAUAGUGAAGUUCACAAGGAAACAGAGGAGAAACCAGGCUGGUGCAAGGACCCUCAUCUACCCCCAUGUGCUGCAUUUGUAGAGAUUAUGGCUCCAGUUUUCUCUAGGGAUGCAUGGCGUUGUGUAUGGCAUAUGAUUCAGAAUGACUUAGUCCAUGGAUGGGGUAUAGACUUUGCUCUAAGAAAAUGUGUGGAGCCUGCAUUUGAGAAAAUAGGAGUCGUGGAUACACAAUGGAUUGUUCAUAAACGCGUUCCUUCCCUUGGUAGUCAGGGUGAAUCAGCAGACGGUUUAUCUCCUUGGCAAGGGGUGCGAAGAAGAUGUGAAAAGGAGUGGAAAAUGUUUGAAAAUCGACUUAAUAAGGCGGAGAAGGCGCAAAAGAAGGAAAUGGGAGAAUCUUCUUAGAUCAGGGUUAUUCCAUUUAGAGGCGGAUUCAGGAUUCUAAUUAUAGAUGACAAUAGUGAUUGUCCUACAUGCUUAAGGUUGAGUGUUUAGCACUUGACAAUUCUUUGUAGGUGCAAGAGAGAUACAUAUAUACAUGUUUGUAUGUGUUUUGGUGAUAAAAAGGCAACACUUAGUGCUUGAGCUCUAGGUUUUGGGGGUUUGAUAUUGUUUUUUUUUUUUUUGGACAUUGUAUAUAAAUAAAUAAUGAUCAAUUCUAAUCCAUCUAUGGGAUCCACACUAUCUUA